AUGGCCACGGAGCGGUCUCUUCGAUCUUGGACAACGUCUGAUCAGCCAGAUGGUGGGACGAGCGGCGACGAUGCCAUUUUGAAUUGGCUCCAAGAGCCUGGGAAUGCUGCUCGUUUUAUUCGUUACUGGAAUGGCAAUAUCAAGGCCGAGAGAAUGAUGGACUUCAUUGCAGACAUUCGUAGCUAUGUCAACAGGACAAGCAGUCCGGCACGUAGUUCUGAAGCUACAUAUAAGCGUAUUCAAAGGUGGAACCAGCUACUGAAACUAGGGCAACGUAUGCAGCAAGAAGGAGCUACUGAGGAUGACAUCGUCGAGGUUUUUCCAAAUUAUCAUGGUUUCGUCGCCUGUUUAAAGCGAGGGAUGAUGGAGAUACGAGAUCAAGAGGGAAAGCAAGCAACAGCAAGAACACCAAGUAAUGAGGAUACUGGUCAACAACAACAGCGACAUAAUCCACUAAAGUCCCCUCCUCUACAACGAGCAUCAUCAGCCAUGUCGAUUUCGUCGGACGAUUCACCAACGACAACUACAUCGAUUUCUUCUGGUGAUCCAACAUUCUCCAUCACUGAAUCAUCAUCCACUCGCCUUCAUAACCAAGAAGGUGAAUGUGUCCCAAAAACCACCUCGCCAUCAUCGUCUCCACAUUCUGCACCUACGACAUCAUCGAGACCACCUCGACAAGAAAUGGAUCACAGAAAUGAACAACGUCAACAGGAUGACGAUCACAACGAUUCCAUGAAAUCAUUGUCAGAGAUGCAAAGGGUUAUUAAGCUGCUGCGUCGAAAAAGUCGGCGUAUGCAUCAUAUGAUGAAAACAAUCCAAUUGGCGGAAAAAAGAAGGCUGUAUGUCGAGGAAAGAAAGUAUCGUUCUAGCAGAGUGGCAGAAAUGCAAACACAGAUUGAAUUGAUCCAAGUUAUGAAAAAGGCAGGGUUUUCAAGACGAGACAUUCUAUCUGCUAUCCACAAGCAAUCUCAACCCAGCAAUGAUUGA